CUGCCUCACGGAGUCUCCCGCAACCAAUGUCUCCCUCUGAUUUCUUGGACAAGCUUAUGGGCCGAACGUCGGGGUACGAUGCCCGCAUCAGACCCAAUUUCAAAGGCCCACCCGUCAACGUGACAUGCAACAUCUUCAUCAACAGUUUUGGUUCAGUCACCGAAACAACCAUGGACUACCGCGUCAACGUCUUCCUGAGGCAGCAGUGGAAUGACCCCCGCCUGGCCUACCGGGAAUACCCCGACGACUCCCUGGACCUCGACCCCUCCAUGCUGGACUCCAUCUGGAAGCCGGACUUGUUCUUUGCCAACGAGAAGGGCGCCAACUUCCACGAGGUCACCACCGACAACAAGCUCCUGCGCAUCUUCAAGAAUGGCAACGUGCUCUACAGCAUCAGGCUGACACUAAUCCUUUCCUGCCCCAUGGACCUCAAGAACUUCCCGAUGGACAUCCAGACCUGUACGAUGCAACUGGAGAGUUUUGGCUACACCAUGAACGACCUGAUCUUUGAGUGGGUGAAGGAGCAGGAAGCCGUGCAGGUGGCCGAAGGCUUGACACUCCCUCAGUUCAUUCUGCGGGAUGAGAAGGACCUGGGCUAUUGCACAAAGUCUUACAACACAGGGAAGUUCACCUGCAUUGAGGUGAAGUUUCACCUGGAGAGGCAGAUGGGCUACUACCUGAUCCAGAUGUACAUCCCCAGCCUGCUCAUCGUCAUCCUUUCCUGGGUCUCCUUUUGGAUCAACAUGGAUGCUGCCCCAGCCCGGGUGGGCCUUGGCAUCACCACGGUGCUAACCAUGACCACGCAGAGCGCGGGCUCCCGGGCAUCUCUGCCAAAGGUCUCCUACGUCAAAGCCAUUGACAUCUGGAUGGCUGUCUGCCUCCUCUUCGUCUUUGCCGCCUUGCUGGAGUACGCCGCUGUCAACUUCGUCUCCCGCCAGCACAAGGAGUUCAUGCGCUUGCGCCGAAGGCAGCGGCGGCAGCAGAUGGAGGAAGAGGUUGUCCGCGAGAGCCGCUUCUACUUCCGGGGCUACGGCCUGGGCCACUGCCUGCAGCACAUGAAGGACGGUGGGGCAAUGGAAAGUCUUGACAUCUACAGGCCGCCCCCUCCCACCUCGCUCCUGAGGGAGGGCGAGACGCUCCGGAGGCGCUACCUGGACAGGGCCAAGCGCAUCGACACCAUCUCUCGGGCGGUCUUCCCCCUCACCUUCCUGGUCUUCAACAUCUUCUACUGGGUGGUCUACAAAGUGCUUCGCUCAGAGGACGUCCACCAAGCCACACCCUGAGCUCUUACCAGGACUCGGAAGCUAAGCCACAAGGACCUUGGGAGCUGCAUUCUGUCUGGCGUUCACCUUGCAAAGCAUCGGGGCGUUGAUCUCUCUCUCUCCCCCACGCCCUUCGUGUUUCCUGGACACAAGUUUCCCAGUGCUGGCCAAGAAAACUGGCGAGCUGUGCAUGGCAUGAGAAGGUCCAAAGCGGAGCUUGCUCUCACUUCUUCCUCCAGUACCUCCACCACCGGAGCAUAGCAUUUAAGGGUGGGGCAUGUUUCUCAAAGUGCUGACGCUCCUGUCCCAGGGAUUUUAAGAUGCCACCAGCCUGUUGGAGGCACCAACAUUUCUGCUCUAGACCUGUGUUGCUGUUCCAAAGCCCCUGCAAGGAGGUGGGAGAGUAAGUGGGACUCAGUUUUACAGCUCUGCAGCAUAGCGUGCUUCCACCGCCGCCCUUGCCAUCUAACCCACAAUCCCACCGACACUCAGCCAGCAUAGUCCAACAGAGGAUCUUCUUCGAGGAGGGCGUUUCCCAGUCACACAGCAUGGUCCUUACAUCAGCUGGGCUCCUGCCCUGCAUUAGCAGCAUGGAUAUGUCUUGUAAACAACGCCACUUCCUGCCAUCUCCCCAGCCCCAACACCACCCACAGAUCUGG